CAACACGAUAACGUCGUUCUGCGGGACGCUCCACGUGUCCUUCAUCACGCCCAGCUUCCCGCUGGACGGAAACCAGCAGUUCAUCAUCCAGAUGCGUCCAGACAUCAAGGGGCCUCUCCUCAGCCUCAUCGAGUACUACAAGUGGGAGAAGUUCGCCUACCUGUACGACAGCGACCGAGGUCUGACCACACUCCAGGUGGUGCUGGACACAGCAGCGGAGCGCAAAUGGCACGUGACGGCCAUCAACGUGGGCAACAUGAAGGACGAGCGCAAAGACGAGGCCUACCGCUCGCUCUUCCAGGACCUGGAGACCAAGCAGGAGAAGAGGGUCAUCUUGGACUGUGAGCAGGACAAGGUCAAGGAUAUCAUGGAACAGGUCAUCACCAUCGGGCGACAUGUGAAGGGGUAUCAUUACAUCAUCGCAAACUUGGGCUUCAUGGAUGGAGACCUAACAAAGAUCCAGUAUGGAGGAGCGAAUGUCUCUGGGUUCCAGAUUGUGGACUUCGAUGACCCCACGGUGUCCAAGUUUGACCAGAUGUGGGACACACUGGAGGAGAAGGAGUACCCAGGAGCAGACAGCAAGAUUCGGUACACCUCUGCACUGACGUUUGAUGCGGUGCACGUGAUGACAGAGGCCUUCCGCUACCUGAACAAAAAUCACAUCAACAUCGCCCACCGCGCCAACACUGGAGACUGCCUCGCCAACCCGGCCGUGCCCUGGUCGCAGGGCGUGGAGAUUGAACGCGCUCUUAAACAGGUGAGAACUGAAGGACUCACAGGAAACAUCCAGUUUGAUCAACACGGGAAGAGAGUGAACUACUCAGUGAACAUCAUGGAGCUGAAGAAUAAUGGGCCCGUCAAGAUUGGAUACUGGAACGAGGUUGACAAAAUGGCGGUCACAAAAUCAGACCUGUUUCCCAAUGACACCAUGGGUUUGGAAAACAAGACUGUGAUAGUAACAACAAUUCUUGAAGCUCCAUACGUGAUGCUAAAGAAGAACGCAGACCUGUUUGUGGACAAUGAGCGGUACGAGGGCUACUGUGUAGACCUGGCUGCUGAGAUUGCCAAGCACUGUGGCUUCAAGUACCAGCUCAAAAUUGUGGGAGAUGGGAAGUAUGGUGCUCGUGACGCCGAGACAAAGAUCUGGAAUGGAAUGGUUGGAGAGCUAGUUUACGGGAAAGCUGACGUGGCGAUAGCGCCUCUCACGAUUACCCUUGUCCGAGAAGAGGUGAUCGACUUCUCCAAGCCCUUCAUGAGCCUGGGCAUCUCCAUCAUGAUCAAGAAGCCCCAGAAGUCCAAGCCCGGCGUCUUCUCCUUCCUGGACCCGCUGGCCUACGAGAUCUGGAUGUGCAUCGUGUUCGCCUACAUCGGGGUCAGCGUGGUGCUCUUCCUGGUCAGCCGAUUCAGCCCUUACGAGUGGCACACAGAGGAGUACGAGGACGGACAGAUCCAGACCAGCGAGUCGACCAACGAGUUUGGGAUAUUCAACAGCCUCUGGUUCUCCCUGGGGGCCUUCAUGAGACAGGGCUGUGACAUCUCGCCCAGGUCUCUGUCUGGACGUAUUGUCGGAGGUGUAUGGUGGUUCUUCACCUUGAUCAUAAUCUCGUCCUACACUGCUAACCUGGCUGCCUUCCUGACUGUGGAGAGAAUGGUGUCUCCCAUCGAGAGUGCAGAGGACCUAGCCAAACAGACUGAGAUCGCCUAUGGCACGCUAGACUCCGGAUCAACCAAAGAAUUCUUCAGGCGUUCUAAAAUUGCCCUAUUUGAUAAAAUGUGGACGUACAUGCGCGGCGCAGAGCCCUCUGUGUUUGUCAAAACGACGGCCGAGGGGGUGAUGCGGGUGCGCAAGUCCAAGGGCAAGUACGCCUACCUGCUGGAGUCCACCAUGAACGAGUACAUCGAGCAGCGCAAGCCCUGCGACACCAUGAAGGUCGGGGGCAACCUGGACUCCAAGGGAUACGGCAUCGCCACACCCAAAGGAUCCUCAUUAAGAAAUGCGGUUAACCUUGCAGUUCUAAAACUGAAUGAACAAGGCCUCUUGGACAAAUUGAAAAACAAAUGGUGGUACGACAAAGGAGAGUGCGGCAGCGGGGGAGGUGAUUCCAAGAGUCCCAGUAAACCUUGCAGUAUUGAAACUCAGUGAGCAAGGCGUCUUAGACAAGCUGAAAAACAAAUGGUGGUACGAUAAGGGUGAAUGUGGCGCCAAGGACUCGGGAAGUAAGGAGAAGACCAGUGCACUCAGCCUGAGCAACGUGGCUGGCGUCUUCUACAUCCUGGUGGGCGGUCUGGGCUUGGCCAUGCUGGUGGCCCUGAUCGAGUUCUGUUACAAGUCGCGCGCCGAAGCCAAG